AUGUCGUCUGAAACCCAAAAGAAAAGGAAAAGCAAAUUGAGCAUAUUCUUAGAUCGUUUACUGUAUUACUUCACUUAUAUAAUAGCAAUCUCGACAUGGUUGCUCUUUACUCUGUUCAUCUCCUUUGGAGAAGUCUUACUUCGGAGAAGAGAAAUUGCACGUUUCCUUGAGCAGACUGCCAUAUACAACUCACUCCUCUUUUUGACUCUCAUCUCUCUCGCAACAGCUUCGAACAGAUCGCCUGGUGUACCAGAUCAGUCACUUGCGCCUCCCAUCCAGUUAUCACAAGCCACAAUUGGGUCAAGCAACGACACAACUCGUUCACGACAAGACUAUACUCCUGAUCCCGAGGAUGACGACGAUGAUGUUCCCUUGAGGUAUUUGAGGAAUUCACAAUGGGUAGACAACAGAAUCGGUAAAGAAAGACCAUCACCAUUACCUAUACCUUCUAAUCAAAGAUACCCUCCAUCACCUUCGUAUUCUCCAGUUCAAUCCGAAUUAGAUCAAUCUCGGUCCGAGUAUUCACCAUUUCCACUAAGUGCUAAGAGCCCUUUCGUACCUACAACAGCCGGAUCUGCAGGUGAAGAUGAACAAGACCUACUUGAUGAGCAUGAAGCGAACAACGCAGCAGAAGGUCAUCGUAACGAGGACGUUUCCGCCUCGCUUCUGCACGACGAAGGUGCAAGAAAUGAAAGAACCAGUUUGAUGGCGAAGAGCAAUAGUGGUGAGAUUAGAUGGUGUAAGAAGUGCAAUGGAUGGAAGCCGGAUAGAUGUCAUCACUGUAGACAUUGCGAACAAUGCGUUUUGAAGAUGGAUCAUCAUUGUCCUUGGGUGGGCAACUGUGUAGGAUAUCACAAUUACAAACCGUUCUUCCUAUUUAUCAACUACGCUUUCCUCUUGUCUCUUUACGUCACCUUUGAAGCGGGAUAUGAGGCAUAUCGGUUUUUCAGAGACCCCUCUGGGUCCGGACAACCUCAUCAACCCGUACAAUUGGAUGCAGGCUCAGAUAAUUUGAGGGCUGCUACAAUAGCAGCAACUGAUAAUUGGGCGGAUGAUUCAGGUCUUGCCCCGGCGGUUUUCAUGAUGUUGACUGUCAUGGGUGGAUUUAUAAGUCUCGCUAUAGGUGGAUUAGUCUUCUUUCAUUGGUAUCUUGCAACGCAUAAUCAGACGACACUGGAAAACAUUACCCAUGCUUAUCCUUCAGCUCUACUUGAUCAGAUCCCGAAAGACGCUCAGUGGAAGGCUGAUCAUCUACUCACACGAUCUGAGCGGAAUCGUUUAAGAUGGGAAGCGAGGGAGAUCAACGUAUAUGAUUUGGGAUGGAAGACAAAUCUAAAGAAUCUAUUCUUUGGCGAAGAUCAACCAAUUACCCUAAUCGGUGUGAUAGGGGCGUUGUGGCCUACAGGGUGGCGAGACAAGCAUGAUCGGAGAUCAGGUCAUUUCUUCGCUCAUGAUCAAGGUAAAUUCGAAACCUUGAGAGAAUUCACCAUGGAAUUGAGAUUUGGGAUCAAACCAAAUCACGAAAAGGCGGAUGAUAGCGAAUUUGAGCAUGGAUCAGAAGAUGAGCACGACGAGGAAUACGAGACCGAUAGAAUGGAGGAGAAAGAUGAUGGCGAUGAAGCGGGAGGCAACAGGAGAGGCGAAGUCAAAUGGUUCGAAGUGUAA